AUGCUCACCCUGCAGGAGGCAGCCCGGCUGCGCGUCGCUUCCGAGUUCGAGCGAGCCAGCCUGCGGCAGCGCGCUCUUCUCCGCCGCGCCGUCCUCCAGGAGCUGCUGCGCUGCACGGAUGCUGAGUUGGCGGGCCUCCAGCGCGAUGGAAUGUCGGGCGCGGAGGCGGUCCAAGACUCGGUGGCCUCGUACCGCGAGGGACGGCUGGCCACCCUGCACGAGCGCGCGAUGCGCGCGAUGCGCGAAAUGGGCGCCGAGCAGGGGUCCCUGCCGGCGCCAGCGCCGGCAGGGACCGACCAGGAUGGCCGGCGUGCUGCCAGGUCACGCAGCCGCACGCCGUCACCUGCUGCGCGGCUGCCCAGACCGCGCGCCCUCCCCUGCGCCAGCGUCGUGUCGGCCGUCUCCUCGACCCGCGGCGCGGCCGUGGCGCGAUCAGCCGGCGAGGGCGGGGCCACGCCGCAUGCUCGCGCGCUGGCUGGUGCCGCUGGGGUGGCCACCGAGAGUGGCGGCGAAGAGCCGGCCAUCGUGGUGCUCUCCGGCGACAGCGAUGGCGCUGACCAUGCGCCGAGCUCUGCCACAGAGGAGUUGGCAGAGGUCAGCCCGGGCCCCGCGCUGCCGUCGGUGGACAUGUCGAUCUCCAGCGCCGACGUGGCCGGGGCGUCCAUCGCCGACGUGCUUGGGGCGCCGCUCGCCGAUGCCCCUGGGGCCACGCCCAUGAGGCCGGCUGAGCCCGUCGCCGCCCUCGUCUUGCGUACCAGCCCCUCCCUGGCGGCCACCCUGGACCUCUCGGCCGGCGGCGGCGACGGGGCCUCCGAGCCAGAGGAGGGCGAGGGGAGGGCCGCCGCCGCCGCCGCCUGGCAGCGUGGAGGGACGGCGGCCGGGGCCUACGGUACCAUGCACUCUUACGUGCCGACAGUCGCCCACUCGCCCGCGGCCUUCAUCUGGGGAUCGGGCCGGGCGCCGCCGGUGCCCGUGCCGGUGCCCAUGCCGGCGCCCUCCGCCACGACCCUGGCAUCCCGUGCGCCGUGCUCCGUGCAGGAGGAUCGACCGAGUGCCCCAGCAGGGCCCCCCUCCGGCGCCGCGCCGACGGAGCGGCGCAGCGAGGCUGCUGCGGGCCGGCCAAAGUUGUCGGUGCAGGACCUGCCGGCACAGCUGAACGUCAUCUUCAGGGACGCGGUGCGUGCCGAGGCUGCCGCCAGUGCGACCCCCUUCCCGGUCCGCCUCGUCGUGGCACGCAUGCAGCGCUCCCCCCAGCUGGCCUGCUGGGACCGCAGCAAGCACCCCAUCGGCCAGAUCGUGUGGGCACAUGCCCGUGCGGGCACUUUCAAGAUCGGCAAGGUAGGCGGCCUGCACCAGGUGACCGCGGUGCCGGGCGCAGCCGGGGUUGCCCCUGCGCGCGGGGCAGGAGCGGAGCAGGCUUGCCCGGCCGAGGGCACGCCCGCCGUGCCGGCGGGGCCGCCACCUCAGACGCUCGCCAUGCCGCUGGCGGCUGCGCCCUUUCCUUCGCCGGCCACUGAAGCCGGUGCCCCCGCGGCGGCCGCUGCUCAGGUCGCGGCGGCAGCUCCGACGGCUGCCUCCAAGCGCCUCGCUGGAGCAGGCCCAGGCGUCGAGCGUGCGCGGGAACUGGAGGCCGCGCCUGGCGCCAACGUGACCCCGAUCGCCGUGGACCCGGCCCCCGCACCUUGUCCCCAUGCGCCGAUGGCGCAGUACUGCAUGCGGCGCGACCUGGCUACUGCAGGGGGCGCCGUCCGCGUGCCGCCCUCCGUCAUCAAGCAGGUUGCGCUGGAGGAACCGGUGCCGGCCUACCGGCGCGGCGCGGCGCUGGGCGGGGCGCGGCCGGGGCCGGGGCCCCUGUUCACGGCGCCCCUCCUCUCAGCAGUAGCGCCGCUGGGCUGGCGGUGGCCUCUGCCCCUGCCGUACAAGCUCGUCCCCGGUGCGCCCAGGAGAAUUCUUUCGGCGGGGGAGGGGCCCCUGCUGAGCGACGUGCAGGGCACGGGCGGUGCAGAGGCAGGCGCCGUUGGGUCCCACGCUGGGCCUGGGGCGGGGCCGCCAGGCAUCUCCGCUGCCAGAGGCACCUCGGCCCGCUACUUCUCUGCGGGCUCGACGAGCGAAAGCGGGGAGUUGGGGGCCGCGGCGGGGGCUGCUGCCCGAGCCACCCCCCUUCCGCGACCCUCGGCCUCUGAGGAGGAGGUGCUGGCCUGGGUCGUGUGCUGCGCCCAGGACUGGGGUGAGGUGGCUGGGACCCCGGGGACCCCCGCCGCCACCAAGGCUGGAGGGCCAAGGGGUGAGGAAUUGGAGCGACUGGAGGAGGGCCAGGUCCGCGCAGGGCCCUGCGAGGCAGCCUUCCUGUCGGCGGCGCUCGCAUGCCUGGGAGUGAGCGGCGGGGCGCGCGCCGUGACGCAGGCGGCGCACCACCACUCGGGCGGGUCCGAGACCGAGGCCUGGCUGACGCCCGCCGCCCGCGACGCCGCGCUGGCCGUGCUGCGCUGCGGCAUCACGCAGUGCCCGGCCGCGGCACUGCUCUGGCCCCUGUACCUGCACCUCUGCCCGGAUUUGUCCCUCACCCUGAGCGCAGAGGCCCAGCUGCACAUGGACGGGCUGGGGCGGGUGCCGCCCUCCCACGCGGCUUUCGUUGCGCUGAGUCAGCGCCAGCGCACCCUGCAGGACACGCUGUGGGUGCUGGCCAAGGGCGUCUGCGCUCUGCUCCCAGGCCCCGCCGACGGGGCCGGACCCGGCCCGGGUCGGGGGCCUCGCGUCGAGUGGGCGCGGGCGAGCGCCGCCACAGACCUCGCGCUGCGCAUGCUGUGCACGGUCAGCAGUGCCUGCCAGCGCCCGGAGCAGCUGCAGGCGCUGCGUGGCUGGUUCCCUCCCCCGCUGGACCUCAGCGAGCGGAAGAAGGGCACGGGGAAGCGAGGCACGGCGCCUGCACAUCGCUGGGAGUGCUGGAAGCCGGCCAGCCUCACCCUGCGCUGCCUGGAGGAGGGGCUGGCCGAGUUCCUGGAUCUGAGGGCCACGCUGUGGUUGACCCUGGCGUCCCUGGCGGGCAACGCCGCCGUGCCUGCGAGCAUCGAGCAGGGACUGGGUCGGGAGCCUGCCGUCCCCAAUGUGUGCUGGGCUGCAGGGCAGCUGACAAAGGAUGCGUUCCUGCUGGCGAGCGGCGCCCUGCGCCACCUCGCCAUAGCCACGGAUGGGUAUCGGAAGAAGCGGUAUCGGGAGUGCAUGCAGGUGCCAGGCAUCAAGGCACGUAGCGGGCUGCUAUCGGCCUGCCUCUCCCUGGCCGUGCUCACCCGCGACCAGAAACUGGCCGGUGCGAUGGUCAGCAGCUGGCGCCUGCUGCUGCCGCCGCCCUCGGCCUCGGCCUACAUCUGGCGGCACAGGGUCUCGCACCCGGCGGCGAGCGUCCCCGAGGCGCCGAUCGCCGCGCGGGCGGCGGAGGCCGUGCUCGGGAGGGCGGGCGAGCUCUGGAUGAACUGGGCAUGUCGGCGCAAGGAUGGAGCCUCUGGCCCGCCGGACGCGCUGAUCUGGCUGACCACGCUGGCCUGCGUGACCUCGGUGGCGCACCCGACGGCCGGUGACGCCGGCAUUCCCGGCGCCAGCAACCCCAUGCUGCUGGCACUGUGGUCUGGGCUACUGGAUCCACUGUGUGCGGCAGCCGCGCUGACGGCGCUGGCGGUGGAGGCGGAGCCCGACCUGGCCGCCCGGGCGGCGGACAGGUGGAGGGCGGCGUGGGAGGGGCCUGCAGCGGUUGCGGCGGCUGUGGCGGCUGCCACGCCCGAAGCCGCCGAGGGCCCCCGGACCCCGCGCGGGAAGGCUGCCGACGGUGCAUCCGGGGGCGUGCAGAGCGAGGGCGUCGCGAGGCUGCUCCUGGGAGCCAGUCUGACCCCGGCCCUGCACCAGCUGCUGGACUGGGUGGGCCGGGACGGCGUGGGAGGGAUUCCAGACAGCCCCCCCGAGCCGGGGCAGGGCCGGGGAGCCUCUGCCCAUCAGGCCCUGUACCUGGGCGUGGCGGGCUGCCUGCACUGCCUGCUGGCAGGCAGGCACUCCCACUCUGCUACCAAGGACGACGCGGAGGAGCCGCGCUCCCCUGCCGCGUCCGCCUCGCCAAGCGGCGUGCUGGCCGCCCAGGAGGAGGCCGCCUGCUGGCUGCUCAGGUUGCACAGGCGGCCGAGCGGGUGCGCUGCAGCACUGAGGGGCGCCCAGCGCGCCCUGACUGCAGGGGAGCGGGUGCUGGAUGCGCCGGCGUGCUGGCCGUCGGAGGCACCCGGGCCACCCCUCCCCCCGCACCUGGCAGGGUCCAGCGGCCAGAUGGGCUCGCUCAGGCCCAGACUGAGUGCAGACGCCGGCGCGGCGCUGUCCAGUAUGUUCGGCGGCCUGCCCGAGGCCAGCCGCACGCAGCUGAUGGAGGAGCUGGUGAGGGAUGGAGGCGGCGGCCAUGCACCCACCGCCUGCGCCCUGGUUCCCACCGUAGUGCCCGGCCAGGCGGCGUUGAUCCUAGGGGGCGCAAAGAAGUCGGCCGUGAAGCUGGCCGACCUCUGCUCCAGCCUGGCCGCCCUGGAGCUGUCAGCAGCAGCCCUGUGCCUGCAUCCGCACAGCCGCCGGCUCUGGACCCAGCGACUGGGCCUGGUCAGGAGCCGGGGGCCGGGCGAGGGGGCCGGCGAGGACGUGGCGGCCCUGGCGGCCACCGUAGGGAUCGUGCUGGAUGGCGGGGCACCGCAGGGUUGA